CAAUCGGUGGAUUUUACAAGUUUAUUUUUAUUAAUCGUUUCGCCUAAUAUGGUAAAAUACUUUGAAAAUUUUGGGAGCUCCUUACUUCUUGUUGAAGCCAAAUGGAAGUCGAACGAGAAAAGAGGAAGUGGAACGUGCAAAUAUCGGGGAUAUCAACUUCCUGGCCAAGGCGUUUUCGUUUCAAUGCGCAUGUAAAGGAAGCUGUUGUGAGGUGUCACUCACUGACAAUAUUUCACAAACCUAUAAAGUGAAGAAAAUACAUCAUGCCAUUGUUUAUCAAUGAUGUCAAGGUAGAGAAGAUUCCAAGCUCAAUUUCUAAAUUCUUAUCACAGCAGUCACAUUUUGAGGAAUCGGCUAAAGUUUUAUGUAAUGGUGAUACAAGAGUUGUUGGUCCUGAAGGCUUGUUGUAUGUUGGUCAGAGAGAAUUCGGAGGAACAACGUCCAGCGAUGAUGUUAUACAAGUUAUAGGUUCUGAAGAUGCUACAACCUGUCACCUGGUUAUAAUAAAACAUACAGGUUCAGGAGGUGCAUGUGUUGGACAUUUUGAUGGUUGUGGUACAUCACAGGGUUUAAAAGAUAUGAUCCAUCUUGUACAGAAUUUAUCACAUGGCACUUCACAAGGAAGAUUAGAAAUUCAUCUAGCUGGUGGUUUUAAAGAUGAUCGUAAAUUGUCAGCAGCGUUAUCUUUAGAAAUAUUGAAUUGUUUACGUAUUAUACCAGAAGAUAUUCACCUCAUGACAGCAUGUAUAACAGAUUUAAAUACAACAAUGAAGAAUGGUGUUCCUUUUCCUAUUAUAUAUGGCAUAGCUAUAAACAUUAAAACUGGUGAAAUAUUUAAAGCUAAAUUCACAGAUAAAGGACCAGAUCAACCACUCAGAUCAGCUCGACAUUUUACUGGGGGAGAACAGAUGUUAAAUAUUUAUGAUCAUGUGAACAGAAACUUGACAAUCGGACCAUUCUCUUAUGAUCCACAUCCACGAGCUAACCAAUAUGCCCAACUACCCAAUCACGUCAUUCGAAAGCAUCUUUCGACAUCUCCUGAACAAGAACCUGCAGGAUUUGAAGAUACUGUUCGUGCAGCUUUCUUACAUCUCCGAGAUUAUCCUGAUCCAAUGAAAUCACAUUUUGCCCACAAGGGUCCUCGACGUUAUAAAAAGGAAAGAAAUGGAGAUUGGACUCUUAUUAAUUAAAGGAACAGUUUUAUCAUAA